AUGCCCCAAGAGUUCUCCGGCGUCACCGUCGUCGUCCCCGCCAACGUUUACUUCGACGGCAAGGUCACCAGCCGCACGAUCAAGUUCGCCGACGGCACGACGAAGACCCUCGGCCUGAUGCAGCCGGGCGAGUACGAGUUCGGCACGGCCAAGCCCGAGUUGAUGGAGAUCACCGCCGGCAAGCUCGGCGUGCAACUAGCGGGCGAGAUGGAGUGGAAGGAGUACAACGGCGGCGAGUCGUUCAACGUGCCGGGGAAUUCAAAGUUCCAGGUGCGGGCGAGUGAGGUGACGGAUUAUGUGUGCUCGUACUUGGAGGGGUGA